AUGAUUUUUAGCCCACAAACAUUACUACUUCUGUCAUUGGCAGGCAGUGCUUAUGGCGCGCCACAAAUGAAGUAUGCCGGGAAUCAAGGCCCGAUCGCCGGCGUCACACCCCCCAUCGCUAGCGUCCAGGCUCCGAUGGGCAACCUUCGCGGCGACAGCAGUCUUCUUGGCGGCAACGCCAAGAUCCCAGACGUGACCACGGACAGCGCCGACGUCAAGAAUCCCACCUUGGUCAACGGCCAGGCCGCCGACGCGGACGAGGGCCUAUACCUUGACUUCAACAGCGUAGAUAAGCCGGAGCCCUAUCGCGGCAGCAAGGGGUCGAGCGCCGACGGCCCUCGCACGUUUGAGUACGAGAAGCUCAAUCCCGAUCUCUUCGCGCCGCCCGGCACCGAUGCCGGCAGCGUCCCCAACGCCAUGUGGCCGCUGGGCCUGUCGCACAACCGCUUCGGCACGGGCGAGAAGUCGGGCUGGGCGCGCCAGCAAAACAGCGACGUGCUGCCCAGCGCCAGCGCCAUGGCGGGUGUCGACAUGAAGCUAGGGCCCAACGCGUACCGCGAGCUGCACUGGCACACGGCGGCCGAGUGGGCGCUGGUCCUCAAGGGCUGCGUGCGCAUCGCCGCCAUCAACGACGAGUCGCAGACGUUCACCGACGACCUGUGCGAGGGCGACGUGUGGUUCUUCCCCGCCGGCGUGCCGCAUUCGAUCCAGGCAUUCGACCAGGGCGUCGAGUUCCUGCUCGUCUUUGACCAGGGCGACUUUGACGAGAACGGCACCUUUUUGGUGUCGGAAAUGUUUGCGCGCACGCCCAAGUCCGUCCUGGCCAAGAACUUUGACGCGCCCGUCGACGCCUUCAAGGACAUCCCCCAGAAGGAGCUGUACAUCUUCAACGGCACGCCGCAGCCCAAGGACAUUCAGAAGCAAAACGUCACAGGCGCGGCGGGCGCCAUCCCUCCGGCCAACGCCUACACCUACCACUGGUCGCAGCAGAAGCCGUUCGAGGCCCCCGGCGGCACGGUGAAGAUCCUGGACCCCACCACGUUCCCCAUCGCGGCCAAGUUCUCGGUCGCUCUCGUCACCGUGCGGCCAGGCGCCAUGCGCGAGAUGCACUGGCACACGUCGUCGGACGAGUGGGACUACUUCCUCCAGGGCUCCGGCCGCGCCACUAUCUACAAGGCCCCCGACGCAGGCCGCACGUUUGACUUUACGGCGGGCGACGUGGGCUACAUCCCGAAAGCCGACGCGCACUAUGUCGAGAACACGGGCACCGAAGACCUCGUCUUCCUCGAGGUGCUGCAGGCACCCAAGUUUACCGACAUUUCCGUCGCGCAGUGGCUCGCGCUCACGCCGAAGCAAACUGUCAAGGAUCACCUGAACCUGCCCGACUCGCUCCUGGACAAUAUCCCCAGGGAGAAGACCAUCCUUAAGCAGGGCAAUACCAACAUGACUGCCCCCAUUAAUUAG